AUGCCCAUACAUGGAAAUGAUACCUUGGAUUUGGAAAAACUUCGCGAAAUGGCAAAAAUCGCCAGUAUAUACCACAGAGACAGACGGAAAUUCGUACGAAAUAGAAAUCUUUCUCACGUGGUACACGCUGGCCUACACGUUUUCCAAUCCAUUAUAGGCCUCUCGAUAAUAAUUUUUCACCACGUCCAUCACUACCUGAACAGAAAGCGUCAAGAAGAAGAUCAGUCUGUUCCCGAUUUGCCUCAAGAAACAAAUGUGAUUUUCUUUAUCUAUCCACUGUGCAUGCUCGUGAGCAUGAUAUUCGCAGUACUUUGGCUUUCCACGGAUAUCUUCAUGAAUGAUCCUAGAAUUGUUCUUAUAGGAUGCUUCAUAGUAGCUGCCUUAAUGCUAACAUUCGGUAUAAUCGAAAUGAAACACGUAGAUAUGUAUCUUGACUUGAGCAAGAUCAGCGACGAUGAAUUGCUAAAGCACCCCAUUUUUAUUCACAAUUUUAUCUUGUGCUUGCUAUCGGUGUUCUGCAUGUGCAUAUAUCUCAUACAAGGUUGGAUUUUGAUAGAUUAUUAUCUCUGGAUAAGAAAACAGGAAGAAAUUAGAGAUACCACUGACGAUUUACAAGUUUCUGAUUCUGAAGAGGAGGAAGAUUCUGACUCCGAAGAAGAUAGAAAAUAUAAGAGCAAAGAGAAAGAGACACUCGGUGAAUUGGAUCCAAUCCCCGUCUUGGAAAUGUUUCCUUCUGUGACAAUGUCAGAGACACUGAGUAUAGAUGAAGAAGAUGUUAUUUUUUAUUGCUGUUUUGUCGAUUGGUAUAAUUAUCUAAAACGCAGGAAACAAAUGCAACAACCUCUACACGAAUUUCAAUCGAACUGUCGAACCUUCCUUAUCAACAAAUGGGAAAGAGGUUUAGAAAUAGAUUCAGAAGUAGAUUUAGAAAUUGAUUAA